AGCACAAACACAUCUCUGCACCAUCCUUGGACAUCACUUCUCAUGGCAGUUUUUAGGAUCACACGGUGGAGGUUGAUGUCCCUGAUCUUUGGAAUAAAAUGUUGUUUCUUGAUGGUUACUUUGGGAGUUUUGGUGAUAAAUUCAUUUACUACACAGAACAUUCAAUCAACACUUUCUUCAUCCCUAGAAUUCCAAGAAGUUUCUGAAUGCUGUUCUUGCAUGGAAAAGUGGAUUGGGUAUCAAUGCAACUGUUACUUUAUUUCCAAAGAAGAAAUGUCUUGGAGAGAAAGUAGAGAUUUCUGUGCUUCUCAGAAUUCCAGUCUUCUUCAACUCCAAACCAGAAAUGAAUUGAGUUUUAUGAACUCCAGUCAAACCUUUUUCUGGAUUGGAGUGCAUUAUAGUGAAGAAAGAAAUGCCUGGCUGUGGGAGAAUGGCUCAAUUCUCUCAAAAGAUUUAUUUCCAGAGUUCUCAAAUAUCAGGGGAGAGCAGUGCAUUGUUUAUAGUCCAAGCAACACAGUUUCCUCUGACUCCUGUGAAUAUAAAAACCGUUAUAUUUGUAAGCAACUGUCUAUUUAAAUGUGUCUUAAAGCAAAGGGUAUAGACAAGAAAGGUCCAGGCCUCCUAAAAAUAGUAACAGCUCUCAGUGUUACUACUUUUCCAUCUUGUGUCUGUUGAAUGUUUCUGCUUGCUAGCACAUCAUGUUCAUACAAUUUAACCCAAGUAAUUUAUGCUCGAUGACUUUUUCACACUUGUGCAUAAAAUUAGGAUGAAUCAAAAUAGAGAGGUUUUAUAAAUAGUGUGAUUUAUGAAACAAUUUUAUUCACGUAUUUCUGUAAAGUUUUCUUGGAAACAUUAAAUAAAGUUUAACGAAGUC